GAGUCAAGAACCUUUUGAACAUAAACAAUCAGCUAUUGUUAACAUCACAUAUAAAUACUCCUAACGCAAUAAACAUGAGCUGAGCACUCGUAUUCAGAACAACAAUAAACCGAGUGUUAGUUCAUUUCAAAGAUUAGAUGCGGUCAAACCAACGAGGUUGGACGGUAACACCUACCAUUAGAAAAAAGCAGGUCGAGAAGCAGGCUAUGCAUUUGAAUUGACAUUUUCUAAGAUGGCACAUGGAAUGAUUGAUGAGAAAAUUGUUAAUGAGUACCAACCGUCAGAAGAGGAGAAACUAUUCGAAUUUGAUAUUCAAAAAUACAACGGCCCAAGGAACUCACGAUUUGAGCCGCACGGAGAAGGCAGAGCCAAAUUCGCUGCUGGUGGUCGAUAUGAAGGACAGUUUAGGAAAGGCUUACUUCAUGGCAAUGGACGGUUGGUUUUGCAAGAUUGUCACAGAUACGAUGGGCAUUGGCGCAAGGGUCUAAAGCAUGGCAUGGGUCGGAUGUAUUACCCAGACUGCUCGCAGUACGAAGGGGAAUUCAGAAAAGAUCAACGACAUGGAAUUGGAAAAUACCAGUAUCCGAACGGAGCACAUUAUGAAGGAAACUGGUUCAAGGACAAGCGUCACGGUGUUGGGUGUUACGUGUUCAGCCGCGGUGGCGUUACCUUGAAGGGGACAUGGAUCGAAGGAGUCGCUUGUGGUCCCGCAGAAAUAAUUUUUGAAGACUACCGAUUUCACGGAUAUUGGGACGAAGAUAAACCAAGAGGUCUGGGUUGUUUUACAUUCGACGCCAAAGUCAUGAUCAGUGGAAAAUAUUACGUCGAUGAAAAGGAGGGAUGUGACUCGAGAGAAGUAGUAUGGCAGCCGAUGUUGAUUGAGAAAUACGAAUAUUCAAAGCUACCACUUGAGCCCCUUCCGUUUCCGGUAGAUGAAUCAGAUAUAUCAGAAAUCAGUUCAUCCGAAGAUGAAGAGUGUGACUCAGGAGAUGAGGUACAUGUUCUGGAUGAAGAAAAUUCAAUGACAUAGUAAAAAUAAAUGUUCUUGGAAAACCAAAUAAAAUUAAGACAAUUUACGCAA